ACACACGCGAGCAAUCGGUGACUGAGAGCACACGUUAUCCACUUCUUGCUGCGCUCAGUAUUUUUCACAGAUACGGGGUGGAUUUCUCUAGACUGCUCGUCGUCUCAUGUCAGUUUUUUUAAAUCGCCGUAUAAGUAGUGCAGUCAUUCGUUCAUGUCAAGGUUCCGCUCUCGUUCAAUUUUUCAAUUGAUCGAAUUCGAGCGCUAGAUACUGAGCUCCAAAAUAGCAUAUCCUCAAAGAGAAAAGAAGUGUAGGCAGCAGAGGACAACGCACAGUGAUAAGGUGGUGCCAUUACCUAUACGUACAUGAUCUGCGAUAGAACUAAGUGUCUAAAGUUGACGGAAAAGCAAGCCGAUGGACUACGUGAAAAGGAGCGAAAGUAUCCCACUACUGGAAAAUUGGACCGCCUCAACUGAGCUUCGAUGGGCUCGCGGCAGACGACAAGGCGCCUGCAUACCACAGCGAUGGGUCUUCGCGCUGAUGGGCUUCCUGGCCCUGUUGAACGCGUACGCGAUGCGCGUCUGCCUGUCCAUCGCCAUCACGGAGAUGACGGUGCCGCUGAACAACAGCGUCGCCGGAGAUAACAUCUGCGAGGCUGAAGUCUCGAGCCCGGGAGCGGGUGCCGGCAACUCCUCGGCCUCCGAGAGCAUCACCGCCAACAAGUACACUUACGAGUGGAGCGAGGAACUGCAGGGCAUAAUCCUGUCCUCGUUCUACUGGGGCUACAUCCUGACGCACCUGCCAGGUGGCAUGCUUGCCGAGCGUUUCGGGGGCAAGUACUCGUUGGGCCUAGGAAUCCUCUCAACGGCGAUCUUCACCCUCCUGACACCGGUCGCUGUCAAAUGGGGCGACGCUACGGCUCUCAUCGUCCUCAGGGUACUUAUGGGGCUUGGAGAAGGUACCACUUUUCCGGCUCUCAAUGCCAUGCUCGCGCAGUGGACACCACCAGAGGAGAGAUCCAAGAUCGGGUCGCUCGUCUUUGCCGGUGCUCAGUUGGGUACGGUGUUUGCGACAACGCUGUCCGGUUUCAUCCUGCAUCACUCGACGAUGGGUUGGCCAGCGGUGUUCUACGUCUUCGGCUCAGUGGGAGUCCUUUGGUUCAUCGUCUGGGUGGUUCUCUGCUACAACAACCCUCGGGAGCAUCCCUUCAUCUCGGACGCCGAGGCUAAGUAUCUAGACGAGCGCAUGAGUGCUAACACGCAUCAGAACCCACCACCAGUUCCAUGGCGCCACAUCUUGCGAUCGGUACCAUUGUGGGCACUGAUCGCUGCCCAGAUUGGCCACGACUGGGGCUUCUUCACGAUGGUGACCGAUCUGCCCAAAUACAUGGGCAGUGUCCUCAAGUUCUCCAUCAAAGACAACGGAAUUUACUCGUCGCUGCCGUAUCUCUGCAUGUGGUUCUGCAGCCUGUUCACAUCGUGGUUGGCCGACUGGAUGAUCACGAAAGGAAUCAUGUCCACGACGAACGUAAGGAAGCUCGGUACUACCAUCGCCUCAGUCGGACCGGGAUUGUUCAUUAUCGGCGCAUCGUACGCUGGCUGCGACAAGACAGUCGUCGUUAUACUCUUCACCGUCGGCAUGACGCUCAUGGGAACCUUCUAUCCAGGUAUGAAGGUCAACGCCCUGGACUUAAGUCCGAACUACUCGGGCACACUGAUGGCCAUAACGAACGGCAUAGCCGCCCUCACCGGAAUAGUAACUCCGUACAUUGUGGGUAUUCUCACCCCUCAUCAGACGGUGCAGGAAUGGCGACUAGUUUUCUGGAUUGUACUAGUCGUCUUCCUCGUGACGAAUCUCAUCUUCGUGCUGUAUGCCAGUGGUGAACCCCAGCCCUGGAAUGAUCCGGACUUCCUCAGGGACGAAGAGAGCGCGCAGAAGAAGUCGGCCGAGUCGACGGCGAACGGACGCUCGAGGAGCAGCAUCUACACUUAAAAAAAACACAGCCAUUUUAACUGAACUCGCACCAGUAAUCCGUCAUUGUACGAAGACUCACGUAGAGAUUACCGUAGAGUUAAGUAGUUUUAAAGAAUCAGUUCGAUCGUUUUUGCUGGUGUCCCGCGUAAGCGACCAAUUUUACGAGUCGCGACUCGCCAAAAUUACCAGUGGCACACCGUUGUUCUUACUGAACAGUCGUUACGGUGGCAGAACGGUUAAAACUACCGGACUUUACAGCAGAAACGACUGUGUUUUUUUUUCAGUGUAUGACAACAAAGGUCUAGGCUGAGACCAAGAAAGAGAGAGAACGAACGUUAUCGAGCGACGUAGGAGGGAGAGACGGACGAUAUGUGCGAGUUUGACUUCCCGAUCGGAACACGUACUCAACGCAUUCUUUGUUUUUUUUUUCAAACGCCGUCGUUACGUUCAACUAAUUAGCGCUAAUUGUUUAGUAUUCGAGUUGCGGAUAAGGCCACUGCCAACUGGGAAGCUGACACGGUUUUUCUCCCGGCGCUUUCGUUCUAUGCGUAUUAUACGUUCAUCGUGCCGUGAUAAGCAUGAAUAAUGCGUUAUACGGCGCGUCGUUCAUUUCAUCGAUGUUUUUAUUUUUUAAUUUUGUAAAUAACGAAUUAUAGUCAAGCAAGAUCACUGUAAAUAGAUUUUAGACGCACUGCGCGAGACGUGAAUAUUUUCGAGAAACUGCUGUAUGCGAGAAUUCCUUUCAGUGUAAUUCAGUACAUCAACAAGGAAAGCCGACGAUUCUCCUUUUUUUUCGUCAUCAGGAAUAAUGUACAGAUAUACAUCGAUCGGUUUCGGAGUAGGGCGCGCGAGAUCGAAUCUGGAAUCAAGGCUGCCGAUAAAAGAGCGAAAACGAGACAAUGCGCCCCGAUUAGCGAUGGAACAUAUACACACAUGUACACACGUUUACACGUGUCGCGUUGUAUUAUCUAAUCGAGCGUACAGCAUUCCAUCGAUUACGAUCAGAGUCGCGCGGAAAAAACGUGGGUCUUCUUUUAAUUAGGGAAGACGCCGGGAGGACAGCCUUAUCAGGUUGUUCACUCGCGGCUAUAAUAAUAUGACAUUCUUUGGUCUUUCUCGCGCGCGCGACGAGUGUGGAAAAUCUUGCUGCGCGCUGCGCAUUGUGUAACGUCGAAUUUCGUUGUUCGCGAGCUAAUCGGACUCUCCUUGUGCAAUGAUGUGAUUGUCGGUCUUUUUUUUAAGAAGAGUGGCAGAUGUAUGUAUGUAGGUGUGUAUGUGCGAUCAGCGGAGCAGCGCGAACGUUUUUUUUUGUCGUACGCGAUGUAAGUAUUGUUAUCGCGGCGUAUUUAUUUUUUCCUCUCGAUUGUUGCACGAGAAUACAGGUACGCGCGACGCCAGGCUUGUCAUCGCUGUCGACGAGUGCGUUAUGCUGCGUGUGUUUUAAACUAAGUGUAAAUAUAUAUUUAUGUACUAACGAUUCACGACGAAUGAUUUGAAUAAAAGUCUGUACGAAUGA